AUUAUUUUAGGAUUAAUUUAAUUAGACAAUAAUGCUUAAUAACAGCCGUACGAAUCGCAUUUUUGCAAAUCUUGAAAAUGUUGAAGAUAGUCAAGGCAAUUAUACUAAAGAUAAUUCGGAAAAUUCUUUUAAAGAUGCACAAAACAUAAUGUAUGAUAAAUGUAAUACAGUAAAUACUACGGAAACGACACCAACAACAAAGUGGGUGAUUGAACAUUUUGCCAAGGAAAAUUUAGAAAAUUGUCCUGUUGGUAAGUUCUUAUUUAGAUCGAAAAAAUACGGAUUUUUUGUAUAAGUAUUAUUAUUUUAGAUAUUAUUAAUAAUGCAGACCCAUCUGAAAAAAUCUUAAGCAACCCUAUUAUGACAAAUGAUGACACAUGUGGUAGUGGAAAUAAUAAUUUUUUGGAAACUCAAUUACCUAAAAAAGCUAUGGAUAAAGGUACUUCAUCUUCAAGCAGUGACUCAUCUUCAAGCAGUAACUCAUCAUCAAGCAGUAAGUCAUCAUCUAGCAGUAACACAUCUUCUGAUACAGACAACAGUUCACAACAUUCUAAAACCGAUACCGAUCCUUAUGGAUCAGAUGACAGCAUCGCAGAUCCUCCUUUUAAUCCACCUGUCAUUAAAAGGCAAGUUAAAAUAACAACAGGUAAUGCAAUUAAAAAAAGAAAAGUUAAAGAUCCGUCAAACAAUGAAAAGGUGGGUAGGAAGAAACUUCGGCAGCCUGCAACUUGGAAACAGGCAGACACAAAGAGAUUGCGAAAUGGCGGAGAAGCCUAUUUAUCUACCAGAAUUGUUCAAAAUGCAGACGGCACAAAAACCAAAUCCAAAAUAUUGCGGCCAGCUAAAACCAUUUUACCACCCUGCGGGAAUAAAUGCAAGUUAAAGUGUUCCGAAAAAUUAGACGAAGCACAGAGAAACAAAAUAUUUAAAGAAUACUGGAAUCUGAAUGACCUUGACAAACAAAGAGAAUAUAUUUCGUCUAAUUUGAAAGCUGUUGCACCACGGUACAGAUAUUCAAAUAAAAAAGCACCCAGAAAACCAAAUAAUGCAUACUAUUUUUUAAUUGAUGGACAGCAAGUAAGGGUGUGCAAAUAUUUUUUUAUGGCAACGCUAUCAAUUAAUCACAAAAUUAUAACAACGGUCCUGCGAAAACAAACUGUAUGCGAAACCGGAAAGGUUAUAGAAAAGGACAAGAGAGGGAAGCAUGGAAAACAUCAAAAAAUAAGUGAGAGCAUAAAAAAUUCAAUUAGAGCUCACAUUAACUCUAUCCCCAGGAAAGAAAGCCAUUAUUGUCGGUCGCAUUCCUCUAAAGAGUACAUUGAAGGAAGUAAAACCAUAACCGAUUUACACAGGGACUACCUUGAAUUAUGUAAGGAACAAAAUGUUUCUUCGGGAAACUACCUUAUGUACUUUAAGAUCUUCAACGAAGAAUUUAAUCUAGCAUUUCAUGUCCCUAAAAAAGACCAAUGCGAAGAGUGCUUGCGAUACAGGUCUUCGUCAGAGGAAGAGAAGGCAUCUUUACAAGAAAAGUUCGAUAAACAUUUAACAGAGAAAGAUUUAUCCAGAACAGAAAAAGAUAUUGACAAACAUAGUGAUGGUACAACAAAAGUCGUAGUGUAUGAUCUUCAAGCAGUUUUGCCUUGCCCAACUGGAGAAGCAUCAUCAUUUUAUUAUGUUUCAAAACUAAAUGUUUUUAAUUUUACACUGUAUGAUAUUAAGUCUCACGAAGGCACUUGCUUUUUAUGGCACGAGGGUGAAGCUUUGAGGGGGUCAAACGAAAUAGGAUCUUGCAUUCUAAAGUUUCUUCAAAAUAUUUGUAAUGACGAAAAUUUAAAUAUAAUCUUCUAUUCUGAUAAUUGUGCAGGGCAAAAUAAAAACAAAUUUAUAAUUGCCCUGUACUUGUAUGCUAUAAAUAAUUUGCCCAUAAAAUCAAUAACUCAUAAAUUUUUUGUCCCAGGACAUGGACAGAGUGAAGGGGAUAGUGUCCACGCUAUGAUAGAAAAACAGAUAAAAAAAUAUAAAAAAUCAAGUCCAAUAUACGUACCUGACCAAUAUGGGUGCAUUAUUCGAACAGCGAAAAAAACUGGAAGUCCAUAUAAAGUACAUGAAAUGGGUUUUAAUGACGUGUUUGAUCUUAAAGCUUUGUGUGCAGACUUACACCUUACUAUUCCCAAAAAUUUUAAAAUAUCUGAUGUGAGGAUCUUGAUGUUAGAUCGCAACAAUCCUACUAUUCUUAAUUAUAAAUCAUCUUUUAAUCAACCAGAAUAUGAUCAAGUGGAAAUUGUGCGUUCUAGGCGUGAAAUUAAUGUCCAUAAUAUUGCUUUAAAGAAAGCUUUUACAAAAAAAGUGGGAAUCACUGAAGCCAAGAAAAAUGGACUGUUGUCUUUAAUAGAAAAAAAGCGAAGUGUUCCUGACUACUACUUAAGUUUUUAUAAAAAUUUGUGA